AUGGAUUCUUCUUGUGGCAAAGACGCGUUAAAAGUAGAAGAGGAGAGUCCAUCUUUCAAUAUUAAUGCAAAGGAAGAAGCUAAAUCCUCCGAGGACUUGAACAGUAUUGAAGAAGGAAUACAAGAAUUUCUUUGGAAUCUUGUAGAGGCUAAUAAAGAAAAGCACUAUAUUGGUGUCAGAAAAAGGCCAUGGGGUAAGUAUGCUGCAGAGAUAAGGGAUUCGACCAGGAACGGAAUAAGGGUUUGGCUUGGGACUUUUGACAGUGCAGAAGAAGCUGGUAUGGUUUAUGAUCAAGCUGCGUUUGCAAUGCGCGGGGCUUCAGCUGGCCUUAAUUUUCCUUUAGAGAAAGUAAAGGAAUCCCUUAAAAACAUGAAUUACAAGUGCAAAGAUGGUUCAUCACCAGCUGAAGCCAUAAAAGAGACUCACAGGGCUCGAAGUUCUUCGAAUGGCAAAGGAAAAAAGAAACAAAUUAGUAAAGAAGUUUUGGAGCUUGAGGACUUGGGAUCGGAUCUAUUAGAUGAACUAUUAUCUCAGAGUUGA